ACGCCGCCAGCGGGCCGAUGUCUGUCUGCUGCUCCGCACCAGGUCCGGGAAAAGAUCCUGCGGAGCCACGUAAACACCGUUUGUUUCAUUAUAUAACCAGCGAGAGACAAGACUGUUGACCAGGAGAUGUCCUGCAUGCCGAAUAUGAGCACCUUACCCCCCCAAAGAGCCCUGUAACCAAUGGCAACCUCAGUCCAGACUUUUCCUCUGACCCGUGGCCCCGACAAAAACUUCCAAAACCCUUUCCCAGCCACGCCCCUCUCCUCCCGCUGCGGCAUGGGAAGCGUCGGCAGCCUGGUGGAGAGGCCGGAUGUGUCUCCAUCUAAAGGCAGCCAUGCAGUCCCCCAGGUGAGACCCAAACAGACCAAUGGCCUCCUGAAGAAAGGCUUCACCCAGAGAGAGCUACUCAACUACCUCAACAUCACCAGAAAAGAGCCUAAAGCAAACCCAGGCAGUGAUGGUAUGAAGGAUAUAAUCUCUGGCCUCAGCUCUGCCAGUGGCCGUGAGGAGGACAACUUAUACGCCAAGGUCUACCAUAAAGAUGGCACCGAAGUAGAUUUGACAAAGAACUCACUGCCAAGUGGGGGCAAGUAUGAAAAGGCUCGUUUUAGAUCAUCAGCCUUCAAGCCUGUCACCCCCAAAAACUUCAGCUCCAUGCAAAACCUCUAUCCGUCUUCCAAGUCAGAGGAUGUAGAUCAUGGCCUUUCCAACGGGUUGCACCGAGCUUACGCCCAUGUCCCUAAAGCUGUCUCCACCUCCUCUUCUUCGUCCUCGCCCUCCCGUCACGGAGGACCGACAUCCAUUGGUAACAAGGCCCUCUCCUCGGUGCGUGGAAUGAGUCAGGAGGACGAUAACCUGUCAGACUCGGGCCAUAACUCCAUGAGCAGCCUGCCGCCAUACCGGCCUCCUUUCCGCCCACACCUCGCUCACAUCAGUGCAUCUAUGGGCCACAUCAACACCAUUGGCUCCCUGGACCGCACCUCUCUUGGCCCGAAGGCUGUGGGAUCAGGGGGUGUGGCUAUGGGGGAGAUGGCGUGUCGGAGCAUGGCAACCCUGAGCCGUCUGGCUCCAUACGGAGGGGAGGCCCCACCUCCUUAUGAAUGGACACUCUCCCUGUCUGUGGAGGAGGUGGUGCGGGAUCUGGAAGAGCGCCUGGUGGAGAAAGAACAUGAGCUGAAACAGAUGAAACGAAACCUGGAUGAGAGUGAGGGUGCCAUCGCUCAGGUGUUUGAAGGGAAACAGCGUCUGUGGGAGAAGGAGGUGGAGGAGCUGAAGCGCCUGUAUGCCGCCAAGCUGCGCCACAUCUCCCAGCAUGCCCAGCUUUCCCAGCGCAGCCUGCAGUUGCAGCUCUUCAAGGCCCAGCAGGAGAAGAACCGACUGCGAGAGGAGCUCGACAGCCUGAAGAAGGAAAGGAGCCAGGAGGCUGGAGCCAUAGCAAAGCGGACCAGCCCGACCCUGGAGGAGACACAGUGGGAGGUUUGCCAAAAGUCAGGGGAGAUUUCUUUGCUGAAGCAGCAGCUGAGGGACUCCCAGGCAGAGGUGACCCAGAAGCUGAGUGAGAUCUUCCAGCUGAAGACGCAGCUCCGGGAGACUCGCACGGAGCUGCGUAGCAGGGAGGGCCAGAUAGAUGCACUAAAGCUAGUCCUGCAGGGGAUCCAGCGUCGCAGAUGUCCCUCUCAGAAUGCAAAUGAAGAUGGAAAAGGAGCUGAAGAGAGUACUUCUGCUGGGGCAACAGGAGGGUGCGGGGGCCCCACAGAGGAGCGUCUGCGCGCCGAGCUCCUGCUGGAGCGACGCCAGAGCGAGGCCCAGGCCAUGGCUUUCGAGGAAGAGCGGCACACAUGGCAGACAGAAAAGGACAAGGUCAUCCGCUACCAGAAGGAGCUGCAGGCCAGCUACUUAGAGAUGUACCACCGCAAUGAAGCGUUGGAGAGGGAACUGCACCAGCUGAGGGCAGGCAGAGAGCAAGGAGCAGGAGCAGGAGGAGGAGGAGGAGGAGGGAGCAGAAAUGGGACAUUGGAACGAGAAGUGCCACAGCUGAGGAGUGAGAGAGCGGGGGACCAACAAGAGGAUAGACUUUCGUCUGGUUUGCCGUGGAUAGAGAGGAUUGAAUCAUCUGAAAUUUGAAUGUGACGGACGUGUUUUCGAUGCAGACUGUUUUCCCCCCAGAAGUAUGGCAGCUGUUGAAGACCAUGUCUGCCAGGAAAAAAGAAACAAAAAUUGACUCAGUAAGUCAAAAUUAUAAGAUAGUAAGUCAAAUUUUUAUUUGUUGAGACAAAAGUAUGCGAUGCAAAAUCAAAUUUUUGAACUAAUAAUAAUUAAUGGUAAUAAUUCAUUAAAUAAUAAUAAUUGAUAAUGGAUCGAGUCUAAAUUUUUACCUACUGUCAAAAUUAUGAGAUAAGUAGAAAUAAUGAGAUGAUAGUUCAAAAUAAUGAUAUAGACUAAGUGUAAACUAUGAGAUAGGUCAAAAUUUCAAGAUAACAUAAGUCCGAGUUGUGUUAUAGUGAGUCUAACAUUUGACUUAAGUCAAAUUAAGUCAAAUCUCAUAAUUACGACCAGGAAGUCAACAUUUUGACUUACUAUCCGAAACUUUUGACUAAUUACCUCAUAAUUUCGAUGCCGUAAGUCAAAUAUUUUCUUUGAUGAGUAUUUUUGUUCAUAUUUUUCUUCUUCUCUUGGUGGACAUGGGCUUCCACAGUUCCUGCCCGUCUCUGCCCAAGCACCCUUAUUGAGUGUUUAAUGCCCUUUUCCUGCAAAGACUGGACCCAUAAGCUCGUACAGAAACACAGUAAUGCUGAGGGUGACUGCACAGAAAUACUGUGUCUGUGCCUCAUCUAUCUUUGGCAGAAGAGCUGUGUCAGUUUUGUAUGAAAAACAGCCAGGCUCCAGCCAAGCGCCUAGACUUCCCCUGCUUAAAUCCCAGUAUAAACCUGUAAAUGACCAAAUUGAUAUGCAGAUUGUGACUGCUUUGUGUUCAUUUGGUAGUUACUUUUUGGUUUGGAAUGCUGUAUAGUCUUGACAGUAAACAAAGGAUUCAAAGGGAUUUAGUGUGGCCCGGUAACAUCUCAGCACCUGCGUGUACAGACGGUGCUGUGGAUUCAGGGUUCACCUGGGCUCCGGGAGGGAAGCUGCAUCUCUGGGUUAAGUAUCAAGGAUUACAGCUAUCUGGUGCCAAGGUACUAAUGCUUGUUCUUUGCCAUCAAAUAAAAACCUUUUACCCUACUGAAGAAACUGGAAAUGUUGGACAUUUUUCUCCUUCAGUUUGCUGUCAGGUGGUACCAAUAUAUUUCUUACAUAACUGUAAUUUUUCAGUUGAUUUGCUUACUGUCAUUUUAUUCCAGGCACACUGUUGUCUUAAAUGGGCAUACUUCCAUAACUUUUGAUGGCAACGAACACGAUCAAAAGAUGCAGAUGAUGAACAUGACUGCCCUGUUUACUGGUGCAAUUUGCUGUACAUACCCAGCCAAUAACAUCAGGUGCAUGACGUAGGUGACGUUCUUCUCUUAUAUCGUGUAUUAUUAAUAUAUGAACGUUCAAAAGCCAGCUCUCAAUCGACCUUUCAACAUACUGUGACUCUUGUCUGUUUACUGGAAUCAAAACUGUACAGUAUAAAUAUAUAUGUUUGCUUUGGAUUCAUAAUAAACAUUUAUGAAGUGGUGUAACAGCUUUUACGUUGGUGCAAGCCCCAGUGGCAUUUCUAGUGUAAAUCAAGGCUGCGGGAUGCUCUAUCAUAGGCUUUUCUGUCUACUCUAGUUUGAACGUAAAUGCUAGAAAUCCCUUGUCAAAAUGUUAGAGGUGUAACCGAUGGCAUUCACCCGAGGGCUCAGACGCCUGCCUGCUCUGAAGGGGCUUAAAAUCUCCACAGAGCGUGCCAAUAAAA